AUGGGCAGUAACCACUCGACACGAGCGACUCACUUCCACCGCCAAGAAGCAAAGAAACCCUCUGAGGAAAUACUAUCAGACGAGCCUCACAUCAAUAUUUCUAAUAAAAUGGUUGAGAGGCUAGUCGAAGAUGCGACGAUAACCAGCGAAGCGGUCACAGGAUCUUCAAACCCAAGAGGAGAUUACAAAGAGAAGAUUUUUAUUGAAAAACUUAAGUGUAUGGAUGACAAGCACACUGAGAGAUGCGGCUUAACCGCAGAAGAAGUAAACGCACUAAUGACGCGAGUAGAAUUGCGUACAUCACAUAUGGCGUACGAAGAACCAGUCUGUGAAGAUGUUAAAGAUAAAAUAAUCGAAUGCUAUGACUCUACAGAUCCCUCCGAAAUCAUCAAAUGCUGGGAUACUAUUGGUGUGUUCACUCAAUGCGUUCAAGAUGCCAGUGCGAAGAGGUUGAUAGAGAGGACGACGAAGGAAGCGGAAGCCUUGGCGCAAAGGUCCAGACGCGUGGCGCGUGCUCGGGAACAUGCGCUCAAAGAUUUAGGACCUAGUCUCUAAUGAAAACACAACUAAUGUUACCCCAAGAUGAUAAAUUAAAUUUGAUUAUAUAGGACAUUAAAAUCGUUGUUAAUUAUGAUAUAUCUCAUAAAUCAUUUGUGCAAUUUUUACUACAAAAUUACAUCGUUAACAAAAUAUUAACAAAAAUAUUUUAAAUAUAUUUUAAUUUGUGUAUUUAUAAAAUUUCCGAAAAAUUGUGAUAUGAAAUCAUUAUAUAUGUAUGUACGUUACCAGAUUUUCUAACAAUAAUUAAAUUAAAGUACAUUA